UGUUAGGAGACUCUGUACUUUCAAGCACUCCUCCCUCUGGACUCUGUGGAGUGAGACAACAUCUCUGAUUCCCUCCCCUGUGUUCACACAGACUGCCACCCUCGUCCCUCCCUCUGUCUCUCCCUCUGUCUCUGUGCAAGCUGCUCGAGGUGCUUUGCUCAAUUAGAAAGUUGCUGAACAAGGUAGAAGACUGCUCUGGGGCAGGAAUUGGGAUUUUGGAGAUCAUUGUUUGUGCUUUAGAUCUUCCCUAAACAUGUGAUGAUAUUCUGAAAAUGUCCUGAGAAGAUCAUCCAACCUGAAACAAAGCAUCAUAACAACCAGAAUCAUUUUAUCCAAUUGAAAAAUAUAUGAGGAACUUUUGAAUGAAAAUCCAAAUCAAGAAUGGUUCUUAAAAAAAGGACUUGUAUGUGGCCAUUUUUUUUGCUGGGACUUCUGCAAGUUUGUAUGUGCUCUCUGGUGAAGACCAAUCAUGGCAUGCGGGUGAAAAGAGGACAGUCAGCUUUUUUGCAGGAAGGAGAUCUGCAAUUCCACAUCCCCCGAGAGAAAGACGCCUGCAAGCUGGAAGUGAUUUUGAAUGAACCUAUUACCCAACGUGUUGGGACGCUGUCCCCUCAGGUGUUUGACUGCCAUUAUUUGACCGAUGAGGUCAAAUAUACUCAUAAUGGGUGUCCUAUUUUAAAGGAAGAUACCGUCAAACUUCGACUAUACAGAUUCACAGAGACAGAGACAUAUAGUGAAUUGUUCUUACUCUAUAUUGAGAUUAUGGAACCUGACUGUAAUAUUAUAAAGUUGGGACCACAGACAUUACAAGUUCCAGAGUUCUAUGGCCUUUCCAAUAUGCUUGAUGGAAAUGUGAUGUCCUUCCGCUAUGAUCAUCGACCCAACAUAGAGUGUACUGUUCGGGUGACAACACCAGAUUCUGGUCUGCCUGGACAUGGUCAGUUGGUCACUGGUGAACCUGAAAAGCUAGAAGGGCCAAGAGGAGAUGAACCAGACAGCUUUGUGUCAAUUCGACAACAAUUAGAAAAUAAAGCCAGAGCCAAAUGCAAACGAGAAGAAUGUUUGAAAGGACUAAAAUUGGUGACGAUUACAAAAGUGACUUGCGAAGAAUUUUUAAUGAUGGGCAUUCGCUAUCAACAUAUUGAUCCUCCAUCACCUGAUAUUGAUUACAUCGCUAUUAAACUGGACCUCACAGACAUAAGGAGUGGGAGUGUAAUCCAGUCAGAGCAAGCCUGGAUCCCUGUUUUAAUUAAAGGUGCUGUUCCAAAUCAGCCCCCAAAGCCUGCCUUCAUGUCGAUGUUUAUCCUGGAGGUGGAUCAGUUUAUCCUGACACCACUUUCUACAGCUAUAGUUAAUGCAGAAGAUGCUGAAACCCCAAAGAGCAGGCUGGUGUUCAAUAUCACCAAGCCUCCCAGUGAGGGCUUUAUUACCCAUUUGUCUGAGCACACCAAGCCUAUCUCAUCUUUUACCUGGAUGGACCUCAAUGAAAUGGUUAUCAGCUAUCAGCCUCCCAAUUCCAGCCAUACACAACGUAGGAACUUUGAGGUAGAGUUUGAAGUCCAUGAUUUCUACUUUGAGAAAAGUUCACCUGUUAUGGUACAUGUGUCAGUCAGGACAGCAGAUACAAAUGCACCAAGAGUGUCAUGGAACAUGGGUCUCAGUCUUUUGGAAGGUCAGUCUCGGCCUAUCACAUGGGAUCAGCUGCAAAUAGUGGACAAUGAUGAUCUGAAGGCUGUAAGAAUUAUCACUGUGGAUGGCUUACAGCAUGGGCGGCUGACAGUCAGAGGUGGAAAAGGGUUCAUGUUCACUGUAAGCGACAUCAGGGCUGGAGUGGUGCGUUAUUACCAUGAUGACAGCGAUACCACCAAAGACUAUGUAGUCUUUCGGAUCACUGAUGGCCGUCACCAGACCAGACAUAAGUUCCCCAUCAAUAUCUUACCCAAGGAUGACAGUCCACCAUUCCUUAUCACAAAUAUGGUCUUGGAACUCUCUGAAGGACAAAGGGCUCUGCUUAGAGGUUCGAUUCUUCAAGCGUCAGAUAUGGACUCUAGUGAUGACUACAUCUUGUUUAAUAUCACUAAACCUCCUCAGGCAGGGGAGAUCAUGAAGUUGCCAGGUCCAGGAAUUACAGGUUAUCCUGUGAUGCGUUUUUUACAAAAGGAUCUCUUUCAUUCCAUCAUCUACUACAGGCACUUUGGCAAUGAAGUAUUUGAUGAUUCUUUUGAAGUGGUGUUAUCAGACUUCCAUGAUCCUCCCAAUCUCUCAGAGCCACAGGUCAUUGUGAUUCAAAUACAGCCUGUACCAGACCAGCCACCUAAAGAGGUACCAGGAGUGACUCGGCAUCUGAUAGUCAAAGAGACAGAUGUGGUGUAUUUAACCAAGCAGCAACUACAUUUUGUUGAUGUGGAGUCCCCAGACUGUGAGCUUACCUACACUGUUACCACCCCACCUUUCUACACUACCACUUAUGGGAGACAUGAUGCAGGACGGUUGUUCCUUGUUGAUAGCAUCCCAAAAUUGGCCAAGGAUCCCAAUGUUCCAGUGCUUAGACUUUUCACACAGCAUGCUGUCAACUACAUGAAAGUGGCUUAUAUGCCUCCCUUCCAAGAUAUUGGACCUUAUCCUCUGCAUAUUCAAUUUGUACUCUCUGUGACCAGUGAGCAGGGCCGAACUACCACUGGAAUCUGUUUCAAUGUUACGGUCACUCCAGUAGACAACCAGUCCCCAGAGGUGCGCACUAACCCAUUGGUUGUGGAUGAGGGUGGUGAAUGCUGGGUCAGUGCAGAUUACCUACACCUGACUGAUGUGGAUUCUCUGGAGGACUCACUGCGUGUGGAACUGAAGAGAAGACCUCAGCAUGGGAAUGUGUAUCUGGAUGGUGCACCCUUGAGUCAAGGCCAAACCUUCACUGUUAGAGACCUACAAAGCCUAAAAGUUCGAUAUCACCACGAUAGUUCAGAGACAGAAGAAGAUAACAUUGAAUGUAUAGCCACAGAUGGGGUGAAUUCAGUCGACUUUGUUUUACAUAUCCAGAUAACACUUGUGAAUGAUGAAAUGCCAGUUCUGGUGCCAGGCUUGAAGACUGUUCUAGAGUGUUCAGAGGGACAGGAAGUAGUGAUUACCAUAGAGUACAUCUGUGCAACAGAUGUUGAUAGUGAUGACAGCAAAUUAAUCUAUCUGAUUGCUCGUCAGCCAAAUCAUGGUGUAGUUCUAAAGAAUGGCAUUGUGGUAGACCGGUUCUUUCAGGAGGAUAUACAAGCCAGCAUCAUCAGUUACAAACACACAGGCCUGGAGGUUGGACUGCUCCCUCGUCAGGACACCAUCACAUUCGUAAUCUCUGAUGAACAGACGAGUCCAAUUCCUUCAUGCUGCUUUGACAGACCUUCGCAGUUUGAUGGGCAAACAAAACAUCCACAGGACUCUUUGCUAAUCUAUGACCUCAAUAUUACUGUUUAUCCUGUGGACAACCAGCCACCAUCUAUUUUUAUUGGUCAAGUGCUUCAGGUGGAUGAAGGAGGUUCUGCCUCUAUCACUGAAACACAUAUAGGAGCCUCUGACCCUGACACAUCUCUGGAGGAAAUGAAGCUUGUAUUGGUGUCUCCACCACAGUUUGGCUAUAUUGAGAACAUUCUGCCUAAUCCAGGGUUUGAGAAGAGCAAUAUGGGAAUCAGUAUUGGUCACCUCUUUUUCUAUAGAGAUGUAAUGAAUGGACAUAUAAACUAUGUACAGUCCAGACACCAAAGGACUGAACCCACUGCUGACCAAUUCAUGCUUUACAUCUCUGAUGGCGAACACCAGUCCUCUGCAAUUCCCUUCUACAUCAUCAUCAAGCCAACAAAUGAUGAAAGCCCAGAUUUCCUAGCUAGGAAUAUUACUGUCAGAGAGGGAGACAUGAAGGAAUUGGAUGCCUCCAUUAUUAAUGCUGUGGAUUUGGAUGUUCCUCGAGACCGAUUAACAUUUCGCCUCAUCCAGCAGCCCCAACAUGGUGCUAUCAUAGGUGGGCAUCAUGGAAAAGAUGUGGCUCAUUAUAGAAGAUCCAUCAAGACUCAAAAAACAGAGUUUCAAGUCCAAGUCUUCACAAUGGAAGAUCUCAGAAAUGGAAUGACACUGAUGUAUUUGCAUGAUGACUCAGAGAGCAAACAGGACAGCUUCAUCAUCCAGCUGUCUGAUGGAAAGCACCAGCUCCAGAGGCAAAUAUUGGUCAAUGUGAUGCCUGUCAAUGAUGAGAAGCCGUGUAUCAUUAGGAACACUGGGAUUGAGGUGGAACCAGGAGAAGCCAGACUUAUUUCCAGUGCUGUCUUAAGUGCUCAGGACAUUGACACUCCCUCCACUAACAUCAUCUAUAUGUUUGAGAGUGUUCCCAUUCAUGGUCUGCUUCAGAUUAAGGCAGGCCAGGACUGGAGGACAAUGUCACCAGGAAUGAACUGUUCCCAAGAAGCUGUGGAAAUGAACUUGCUGCGCUAUGUGCACACAACUGAGCCUGGAGCUCCCACACAAGAUUCUUUUGUCUUUCAUCUACAGGAUGGAAGAAACCGUUCCCCUGCGCAACACUUCUACAUUUCAUUGAAAGAGCUAGACAAAGGAGACAUAGCAUUGUUUGUAAAGCCAGUUAAAGCCAGCCGUGGAGAGCAUGUAAUAAUCACUACGGAUGUUUUACUGGCUGUAGAUGGCACUGAAAAGCCAGAAGAGCUGCUCUAUAUGAUCACAGUACCUCCAGCACAUGGUCAUUUGGAGUACAUCAAACACACUGGCAUUCCCAUACACUCAUUCAGCCAGCUGGAUGUAGUGGGAAAUCUGGUGUGCUACGUCCAUGACAACAGAGCUACUUCACCUAGAGAGAGAGUGCAGUUUGUCAUCAGUAAUGGAAAAUCGACACGUAACGGCACACUGGAGAUUUUGGUGGAGAUGACUGACAGAGUUUUCCCUACACUAGAACUGAAGGCUGGUCUGCAGGUUCCUCAAGGUUCUACAAUUACCAUCACAACUGAUAACCUGCACCUGUCUGAUCCAGAUACCCCACCUCAUUCCCUGAUCUUCAUGCUGGUGCAGCCUCCGCAGUAUGGUCAGUUGAUUGUAAGGGGUUUCCCUUUAGCUCCAGGAAGCAACUUUACACAGCAGAACCUCCAGGACCUGGAUGUUGCAUACAGACACGCGGGUGGAGCUUCUCAGAUUGACCACUUUACAUUCACUGCUGCUGAUAGCACAGCAAGAGGUUUCCUGGUUGGAGGGAAGGUGCAGACAGAGCCAGUCUUCUUUUCUAUACAAAUUGAAACGUUAGACCGCUCUGCUCCAAGCGUGACGGUUCUUGAGACACUUUGGAAAGUGGAGCUUCUAAAAGGUGGACGUUUUGGAAUCUUUAUCUCAUCCAGAGAAUUAAGGGCUCAGGAUUCCAAUGUUGCAGAUGAGGACCUCAUCUUCCACAUCCUCCGAGCUCCGUACUUUGGAUACUUGGAGAAUGCCACCAAUGGUGCAUUUGUACGUCAGAGGUUUACUCAAAGGGAUCUGAACAAGAGGAAUAUUUUGUAUAUAAUCAAUCUUUCCCUUGAAGCCUUAAGCGACAGUCUGGAGUUUGCCGUCUCUGACACACUGGGCAACACUGGACCAUCUCACAAAUUAGAGUUCAGCUGGGCUAGUGUAGAGCUGACCAAGACAGAGUACCAUGUGUGUGAAGGCAAAGCACCACUGUCUCUUACUGUUCAGAGGAAGGGCAAUAUGCAGGAUUCAUCAUACGUGACUCUAAAGGUAAAGGAGCAAACAGCAGUCAUAGGAAAGGAUUUUAUAUCGUCUCCAUCAACUCUGAUUCAGUUUGACCCUGGUGUGGCCAGUCGACAAUGGAAGGUGGAGCUUGUAGAGGACUUUCUGGAGGAGGCUGAGGAGAUGUUUGAAGUUACACUAGAUUCCCCUGUUGGUGCAAUACAGAGAGGAAACGACAAAGCUGUCAUUAUUAUCAUGGACAAUAAAAACGGUCAAUGUGCUGAGAACCCGUCUCCCAGGGAGACAGGACCCUACCCUAAACAUGGUAUUAUUCAGGUUGAGACUUUACCUAUUAUUUCGCGAGAUGGAUCAGAGAUUGCUAGAGGUGAUAACUUGCCACAGGUUAUUACUCCUGCCUCAAAGAAAAGACUAAGAACCAAUGGCAAUGGAAAGAUUAUUCGACCCUCUUCAGUCAUUCGGAGUGGAACUGAUGUUCUUUAUACUUAUCACGGAAUAAUGUCUUUGACAGUGGAGGAUGAAACUUCAGCCUUUAAUUCUGGGAAGAAGGCUCAAGUGCAGGUCACCAGUAGAGGGCAGCAGCGUCCCCUUCCAGCCAAAAGCACAAGCUACUUAAGAACGAUUCCUACAAAUAGCCAAAGAGGUUCACCAGCUCCUCAGAGUGGUUUUUCUAGGCCUGAGUCUAAGGCCUGCACUCCAGAGCUGGCAGGUUUUCUCCAUUUUAAUGCAAGCUUAGGGCAGCUUGUGCAGUGCAAUGGGAUAUCCUGGAAACCCUGGACUGCUACAGAUAAGGUUGUGAAUUCACAGAAGUGUCCACAGGGUUGGACUUACCACAGUCACCAUUGCUAUCUGCUGAGCACAGGACGGAAGGCUACAUGGAACGAUGCUGCCAGGGCCUGUCGAGAGAGGUUCCAAAGCAACCUUGUAAGUGUGCUAUCAAAAGCAGAUAUGGACUGGCUGUGGGACUUCAGUGACAGGAAGCCCUUCUGGAUCGGUCUGAAUGCCCGGGCGAGUAAAGGCCAGUGGGAAUGGGUGGAUGGAGAACCGGUUUCUUACACCAACUGGAGGCGGGGUCCACCCAGAACCAGAAUUAAGGGCAACAAGAAGUGCGUUUUGGUCUGGCGGGGGACAAACUGGCAAAUCCGAGAUUGUAAGAAGGGAAAGGGACACAGUUACGUGUGCUAUGUGAAAACAUAAGCUGCUACUGAUUACCAAAUAAUUUAUAACCACCCCUAAGGUUACUGUGUAUUGUGUAUUACUGUGUAUUUCAUGAUAUGUGACCAUCCAAUUUACUGUAUAAUAGUCUUUAUGGUACAUUAUGGACUGGAACUCAUAUUUGGAAGGUAAAUGGUGAAGUAUUUUUUUAAAGUACAACACUAGGGAGGCACUGCAUACAAUAAUAACGGUGUGAGAAGAACAUCAGAUGAACAAAUGUUUGCUAGUGGAUGCAAAUAUUAGUAUCUAAACUGUGUGCAAUUUUUUUUUAUUUUACAGUCAAAAUUAAGUCUAUGCACAUUGACUGAUUAACAAAAGCAAUACUGUACACGUAAACUCUCCCAAAAACCUUACUGGAUAAUUAUUUCAAGUAAGUAUAUACGUAUGUACAGUGAGAGAACAUUUGGAGCGUUUAUUAAAAUGUAAUAAAUUUUAUUACAUUUUUUCCCCCAAGUGAGUAUUAUGAUGCUUCAACGAUGCAUUAUUAUCGAUAAUUUGAUUUCUAUUUUAUGUAACCUUGACAUAUACAUAUUUUUAAAUAGUGUCCAAAUAUUUUACUUCCUGUGAAUUUCAUUUUUAAACACCUUUUUUUUUAAUGCUUAUGAAUACAUGUUCUUAUUUAUAGGUAGAUUCAAAUAGCAUUACAUGUUGAUUUCUGAAGUAGAUAUAAGCACUGGAGAUGUAUUAAAUAAGAAAAAUGUCAAAAUAAAUAUUUUCCCCUCACUGUAUUUGUAAAUACAACUUAGUAUGGGAUUUAAAUGCAUUAUGGGCUUAAUGGACUUGUAGAAAUGACAUCAUUGAUCACCUGUAGCUUUUACUGCAACCAUUCUGCUGAUAUGAUCAUAAAUAAACAAUGAACUCCCUA